AUGGAGGCGCCGCUCCCCCAUCUCCUGCGUUGCCGACAGCAGAGGAAGCCUGUAAGUUCAUACAUUGUCACCUGUUAUCUGUCCAACAAUAUUUGUCCAGAGGAGAAGGCCACGGUCCAGGUUGAAGACACUGAGGAGGAGGCAUCAGGGUCUUCAUCCGACCAUGACCUUUCUCCAGUGUCUGGAUCAGGCUCUGACUCCAGCUCUCUUACUGAAGGGAGUUCCUCUGUUGUUGAUAACUGCAGUGGGGUUGAGCUGCCUAGCAUUCAUCAGGAACCCUCUUUGCCGUGGAUCGGUCGGGUGGUCCCCAGAGAUGAAAUGAAGCCACCGGUUCCUGUGAAGGAAGGUUUUCCAGAGUGGAAAGACCUUUGGUACACGGUGGACUUCAGUGCAUCUCGUAAGGAGACCACACCACCAUCCACACAGGCAGCCGGCACACAUCAGGAGAACAUCAAGGACCCAGAGAUUAAAGAUCUGAAGGCGAGGGCGGAGAUUUUAGUCUCUGAAUUGGUCCGUGUCUCCGGAUGUGUUUAUGUUUCUGCAGAAUUCCGAUUUAAGGUAGGGCAAAGAUUGGUGGACUUUGCCCUGACCUCUGAGGAUGCAUGUAGCCUCGUGAGGAAAACAUUGGACCGGGAGAUGCUCCGUCUGCGUAAAGAAGAGAGUUCUCCCCAGACAUUGAUUCACCUUUUCAGGUUCAUAAAGAGGUAUCCCGCGAUAUUUGAUGGCAUGAAAUGCCAACUUCCUUCAUGGGUCCUCGAGGAUCUUUAUGAUUCAGACCUCUCUUCGGAGGAUGAAUCUGAUGAGGUUGUACCUGCUCCUGCCCCUGCUCCUGCCCCUGCUCCUGCUGACCUUCCAGCAGUGAUCCUUCCCUCCCCACCUCCUGCACCUGCUCCUGCUCCUGAUCCUGCUGACCCUCCAGCAGUGAUCCUUCCCUCGCCACCUCCUGCACCUGCCCCUGCUCCUGCUGACCCUCCAGCAGUGAUCCUUCCCUCGCCACCUCCUGCACCUGCCCCUGCUCCUGCUGACCCUCCAGCAGUGAUCCUUCCCUCGCCACCUCCUGCACCUGCACCUGCUCCUGCUGACCCUCCAGCAGUGAUCCUUCCCUCGCCACCUCCUGCACCUGCCCCUGCUCCUGCUGACCCUCCAGCAGGGGUUCUACCCUCCCCUAGUGUGUCUCAACCUUCACCUCCAGAUGGGUCAACCGCUCCGGUUGGGCCGCCUCAGCCCCAGACGCCUCCAUCCUCUCAGCAAACUAGUGCAGAUGAGGUGGAGAACAUGGAGGUGGAGGCUAGUUAUUCAUCUCCACCUUCACCUCCAGAUGGGUCGACCGCUCCGGUUGCGCCUCCACAGCCGUCUUUCUCCUUUAAGCAAACUAGUGCAGACGGGGUGGAGGACAUGGAGGUGGAGACUACUUUACCAUCUCCACCUUCACCUCCAGAUGGGUCGACCGCUCCGGUUGCGCCUCCACAGCCGUCUUUCUCCUUUAAGCAAACUAGUGCUGACGGGGUGGAGGACAUGGAGGUGGAGACUACUUUACCAUCUCCACCUUCACCUCCGGAUGGGUCGACCGCUCCGGUUGCGCCUCCACAGCCGUCUUUCUCCUUUAAGCAAACUAGUGCUGACAAGGUGGAGGACAUGGAGGUGGAGACUGGUUUACCAUCUCCACCUUCACCUCCGGAUGGGUCGACCGCUCCGGUUGCACCCCCUCAGCCGCAGACGCCUCCAUCCUCUCAGCAAACUAGUGCUGACGGGGUGGAGGAAAUGGAGGUGGAGACUGGUUUACCAUCUCCACUUUCACCUCUUCGCAGUCCUGCGCCUCCUCCCGCCUCUCCUCCUCCUCAGCGUCGCCGUCUUUGGCGUCCGGCUCAUUCAUCACAGGAUAAGAUGGAGCCGGCGCCAAAGAGGGACAGGUUAGAUGGGCUGUCGGCUGAGGUCACGCCUCCUCAGGCCCAGACACCAUCAUCCUCACAGCAAAAUAAAGCAGACGCUGGGGAGGUCCCCUGUUCUCCUGUUUCUCAACAUCCAUCUCCUCACGGGCUGUUGGCUGAGGUCACGCCACCUCCGGCCCAACUUUCACCUCUUCGCAGUCCUGCGCCUCCUCCCGCCUCUCCUCCUCCUCAGCGUCGCGCUGUCAAGCGUCCGGCUCCUUCAUCACAGGAUGAGAUGGAGCCGGCGGCAAAGAGGGACAGGUUAGAUGGGCUGUCGGCUGAGGUCACGCCUCCUCCGGCCCAGACACCAUCCUCCUCACAGCAAAAUAAAGCAGACACUGCCGUGGCCGACUUUUCCUCUGUUUCUCAACAUCCAUCUCCUCACGGUCUGUUGGCUGAGGUCACGCCACCUCCGGUCCAACUUUCACCUCCUCACAGUCCUGCACCUCCUCCCGCAUCUCCUCCUCCUCAGUGUCGCGCCCUCAAGCGUCCGGCUCCUUCAUCACAGGAUGAGAUGGAGCCGACGGGAAAGAGGGACAGGAUAGAUGGGCUGUCGGCUGAGGUCACGCCUCCUCCGGCCCAGACACCAUCAUCCUCACAGCAAAAUAAAGCAGACGCUGGGGAGGACGACUGUUCUCCUGUUUCUCAACUUUCACCUCCUCACAGUCCUGCACCUCCUCCCACCUCUCCUCCUCCUCAGCGUCGCGCUCUUAAGCGUCCGGCUCCUUCAUCACAGGAUGAGAUGGAGCCGGCCGCAAAGAGAGCCAAACUAAAUAGGCUGUCCACUGAAGUCACGCCUCCUCCAGUCGAGACGCCAUCCUCCUCUCAGCAAAAUAAAGCAGACGCUGGGGAGGACGACUGUUCUCCUGUUUCUCAACUUUCACCUCCUCACAGUCCUGCACCUCCUCCCGCCUCUCGUCCUCAGCGUCGCCGUCUCUGGCGUCCGUCUCCUUCAUCACAGGAUGAGAUGGAGCCGGCGCCAAAGAGGGCCAAACUAAAUAGGCUGUCGGCUGAGGUCACGCCUCCUCGGGCCCAGACACCAUCAUCCUCACAGCAAAAUAAAGCAGACACUGCCGUGGCCGACUUUUCCUCUGUUUCUCAACAUCCAUCUCCUCACGGUCUGUUGGCUGAGGUCACGCCACCUCCGGUCCAACUUUCACCUCCUCACAGUCCUGCACCUCCUCCCGCAUCUCCUCCUCCUCAGUGUCGCGCCCUCAAGCGUCCGGCUCCUUCAUCACAGGAUGAGAUGGAGCCGACGGGAAAGAGGGACAGGAUAGAUGGGCUGUCGGCUGAGGUCACGCCUCCUCCGGCCCAGACACCAUCAUCCUCACAGCAAAAUAAAGCAGACGCUGGGGAGGACGACUGUUCUCCUGUUUCUCAACUUUCACCUCCUCACAGUCCUGCACCUCCUCCCACCUCUCCUCCUCCUCAGCGUCGCGCUCUUAAGCGUCCGGCUCCUUCAUCACAGGAUGAGAUGGAGCCGGCCGCAAAGAGAGCCAAACUAAAUAGGCUGUCCACUGAAGUCACGCCUCCUCCAGUCGAGACGCCAUCCUCCUCUCAGCAAAAUAAAGCAGACGCUGGGGAGGACGACUGUUCUCCUGUUUCUCAACUUUCACCUCCUCACAGUCCUGCACCUCCUCCCGCCUCUCGUCCUCAGCGUCGCCGUCUCUGGCGUCCGUCUCCUUCAUCACAGGAUGAGAUGGAGCCGGCGCCAAAGAGGGCCAAACUAAAUAGGCUGUCGGCUGAGGUCACGCCUCCUCGGGCCCAGACACCAUCAUCCUCACAGCAAAAUAAAGCAGACACUGCCGUGGCCGACUUUUCCUCUGUUUCUCAACCUUCAUCUAAUAACAGUCGGCCAAUCGGGCAAUUGUCUCCUCCCACCUCUCCUCCUCAGCAUCGCUCACGCAAGCGUCCGGCACCAUGCACUUCACAGGAAGCAUCUGAAGGCAUUGUGUCAGAGGCCAAGAAACCCAAACUUGAUGGGUUACUUUAA